AUGGUGAUUGCCAUGGCUUGGGCUCAGUUAGCACGGUCUGAGCCCGCGGGCAGAGGCAGAGGUGCUGCUGCCAGGAACGGGGAGCAGCGGCUGCUGGAGCAGGUGCAGGUGGAGGAGGAGCGGGCGCAGCAGAGCAUCCUGAGCCAGCGGGCGCACUGGUCCGAGGCGCUGCAGAAACUGGCUGCCCUCCGUGCCUACCUGGUGGACGUGAUCACCCAGCUGGAUGACCAGGGCCUGGUGCACGCACAACAAGAGAUCUUUGAGAGGACAGAGGUGGCGGAGGGAAUCUUGGAGCCACAGGAGUCCCCAAAGUUAAACUUUAACCAGACGUGUGUCCAGAGUCCGCUGCUGCACCGCCUGUGGGCCUCUGCUGUCCUCUGCUGCCUCGCAGGCUCACAGGAGGUUCACAUCGAUGAGAAAACCGUCAGCCCCCAGCUCAGCCUGUCAGAAGACAAGAAAACCCUGACGUUCAGCCCCAAGAAAGCGAAGGUGGACGCGGGCUGCCCCGAGCGGUUCGACCACUGGCCCAACGCUCUGGCUACCGCGCCGUUCCGCUCGGGGGUCUGCGCGUGGAAGGUCAGCGUGGAGAAGAGCUGUGCCUACAAGCUGGGGGUUUGCUACAGCUCCCUGCCACGCCGGGGGGCUGGCAACGAAGCCCGCCUGGGUUUCAACGCGGCCUCCUGGGUCUUCUCGCGCUACGACAGGGAGUUCCGGUUCCUGCACGCCGGGCAGGCGCGGCCGGUGCCGCUGCUCCGCUCGCCGGCCGAGAUCGGGGUGCUGGUUGACUUUGGGGGAGGGGAGGUGCUCUUUUACGACCCCGAUUCCUGCGCCAUCCUCUUCUCCCACAGGGAGCCCUUCGGCGAGCCCCUCUACCCCGUCUUUGCUGUGGCCCACGAGAGCAUCUCCCUGGGGUGCUGA